CAACACUGUCCCUUUUUUCACCUUUGUUUUGUUCACACAUUCUGCUUUUGAAAAAAAAAAUAAAUAAAUAAACGUGCCUGGGGUUGCAGCUCAUUGUGUUCUAUAUAAAUAUAUUAAAUAUACCUAGCACACUAGCAAAAUGCCUUCCAAAGUUAAGCCGCGCCUUUCGCGUGGUGUCCUGGACAUGAAGUUCAUGCAGCGCACCAAGAAAAAGGUGGAAAAGGAGGCGGACGACGAGCAGAGCCGAGCACUGUACUCCAACGAGAUCAACGAGAAGAUGAUCAACUCCAGCUCCAACUUCAUCGUGGAGUCCAGCUACUCCAUAUGCGAAGGCCUCAUCGACGGACGCCUUAGCUUUCGGGGCAUGAAUCCCGAAAUCGAACUGCUGAUGGAACAGGAACUGGCGGAGAAGCGGGCCCAUUCGAAACCAGAGCAGCCCAAGGAGGUCUCCGACAAGGAUAUGGCCAAGGCCUAUUACGCCAACAAGGCGCCCACCGUCACCAACAGCAUGGCCAAGAAGUUCAGCUCCAAGAAGAACUUCAAGCGAAAGCAGCACGGCGACGACCAGGCCAGAAGUCCCGGCUAUCAUCCCAAGACGAAACAGCAGUUCAAGAAGCCCCGCGAGGAUGACGAUUAAUUGUUUACUCUUUAGUUGUUACAAACACUGACCUAGCCCUUAGUUAACUAAAAUAUACGACAUCAAGUGGA